UAAUCUGGAAGUUUCAAGCUGUAAUUAUUGGCUCUUUUCUGCUGCGCAUUUAGAUUACUGUCUUUUUAUGUUCAAAUUAUUUUUAUGUGUAUUUAUAAAUUGAGAAUGAGCUCUGCAUCAAUCAGGAUGAAGAACAACUUGUGGUGAAGAAGCAGGAGAUGAAAACCUUUCCUGCAUCUCCUACCAGUGUAGAAAUAAGCUGCAGUGAACCCGAACCAAACAGGGAGCAACUCGUCUCUCAGGACGGCUGUGAUGCUGAGGACCGAAAUCAGGAAGAAAGCAAUGAUGAAGACACAGAAAUAAGCAGCGAUGAAGAACCGAAACAAAAUAACAGAUGUCAGAAAACCAGAGGGUAUGAUAACAAUUCUGACAAAUUAAAACAAAAAGAGCAGAAGAAAACGCACAAAGAUAAAAAUCUGUAUUCAUGUACGAUGUGUGAUAAAUUGUUUUCUCAAAAGACUCACUUGAUCUACCACAUGAGAACGCACACAGGUGAGAAGCCUUUCUCAUGCAAGUUUUGUGGAAAAUGUUUCAGUCCAGAAAGUAUUGUGAACAAUCACCUGAGAAUCCACACAGGCGAAAAGCCCUUCUCAUGUCUGACCUGUGGAAAAAGUUUCACUCUCAAACAUAAGUUGACGGAUCACAUGAGAAUUCACACAGGUGAGAAAACGUUUCCGUGCAACGCUUGUGAUAAAUCUUUUAAUCUAAAAAGCAAUCUGAAGCAGCACCUGAGAAUCCACACGGGCGAGAAGCCUUUCUCAUGUGUGACCUGCGGUAAAAGUUUCAGUCAAAGAAGUCAAGUAACGCUUCACAUGAGAAGUCACACGGGUGACCGACCUUUUUCAUGCGUGACCUGUGGGAAAAGUUACAGCCACAAAGGUCACCUAACCGAUCACAUGAGAACUCACACAGGUGAGAAGCCAUUUUCAUGUCUGACAUGUGGAAAAAGUUACAGUCAGAAAGGCCAUUUGACAGUUCACAUGCGAAUUCACACAGGUGAGAGGCUGUUUCCAUGUAGCACCUGUGGAAAAACCUUCAGUCGAAGAAGUCGUUUAAAAAAACACGUGAGAAUUCACACAAGAUAGACGUCCUGUGUGACCUGUGGGAAGUGUCUCAGUUUAAGGAGCAAGAAGCAUUUUAUACAGCUGUGGUUUGUAGCUUCCAAUCCUUGCUCAGUGCAGUGCUGGUAAAAGCACUUGUGUCAGAUAGGGAAAAAAAUAAAUGCUCCGGUUUAAAAUUAAUUCUCCCGUCAAAAUUAACAAAUAUUUUAACAAUUUAUUCCGGGUCCGGAUGGGAUGGCAUAUGGGUCCGUAUCCGGACCGAGGUCCGUUGGUUGGGGACCACGGGUUUAGAAUAUACAGAUAGUUAAAUUUGUACUUUACAGAGCAAAUGUUGCACUAAAGUAAUGCUGUGACAAAAUAUAUUCAAAUAAAGAAACAAUGCUCACCUUUUAUGAUCUUUUCUAUUUGGAGAAAGCAAUUUUAGCUCAUCUUAGUAAGAGCACCAUAUUAUCCCACCGGUCACAAUUGUGACCAAUCAUAAAACACAUGUUUUCAUAUAUUUUUCCACAAUUUUUAAAAUUAUUUUCCAUUGAUUAGUUCAAAGGGCUAUAAAUGACAUCUGAUUUUAAUAUUUUCAUGUCUGGGAAAAAAUUGGGAUUAAAU